GCCACCCCACUCUCCAAGUCUCCAAUAAAAUGACUCUAUCGUCCCUUUGAGAUUGCUCACAAAGUUUUAUGAACUUAAAAGUUCCAAAGUAGUACAGCAUUGAUCAAAGUUCCGCAUUAGCAUAAAUACCAAUUACAUUACAGUACUAUAGUUGAAAUUUAACACUUCAAAAAAGAACUUUAUUUUUAGUAAGGCUAUCAACCUUCAUAGUAGUUAAAGUUUGUAGCUUUGUCCACAUUUUCUACACCCUGAUUAACAGUUCUCUUCAUCAGACAAACAACUCGGCAAAAUCAAACUUUUCCGACGAGACGACAAGAAAUUCGCCGGAUUUCCCUGAAAUCAAACUUUUCCGACGAGACGACAAACAAUUCGUCGGAUUUCCCUGAAAUCAAACUCAGAAUCACUCACUCUUAGGUACCGCUCUAUCUCUCUCUCGUCUCCUGCAACGUUCCCAUUUUUGAACUAGGGUUUGCUUGAUUUGAUGACUGAUUAUGUUUCUGGUGUUAUGGAAGGGUACCCAUUUCUCAUAUUGUUGAUUCUUUUUCAUAAAUUGUAUAAUUAUUAGUAGAAUACCAAGUAAUUGGAAUAAUUUGUUUGACUCAGAAAUACUGAGAAUAUCAUAGAUUUUGAUCUGGGAAAUGUAGUAGUUGUUGUUGUAUGAUUGUAUGAAUAUGUUUGCAAUUAGGGUUUUUCGGAAUCCAAUUAUACCGUCUAAUUGGCAUUGCCAUCCUGCCAUUACUUGUAAUGUUGAUUCAAAGAUUAUGAUUGGAACCCUGAAUUUCAUGUGCUCAUUAUCGUCCCCAACCCGAUUACCUCCACCUACUCAUCAACACAUUGCUCAUCUUAUUCUUGAACAAAAAUCGCUUUCGGAAGCCCUCAAAACCUUUAGAUGGGCUUCUCAACUUCCCAAUUUUACCCAUAACCAAUCUACUUAUCGAGCUUUGGUUCACAAGCUAUGUGCUUUUCGUCGUUUUGAUGGAAUACCCCUGCUGCUUCAUGAAAUUCCAACCUCACUUGGCUUGCCGCCUGAUGAAGAUAUCUUUGUCACGCUUGUUCGGGGUUUGGGACGGGCCAAAAGGAUACGAGAAGUUAUCAAAGUGCUUGAUUUGGUGAACAAGUUUGGUGUGGCUCCAUCUCUGAAAAUUUAUAAUUCGAUACUUGAUGUAUUGGUUAAGGAAGAUAUUGAUAUUGCCAGGGGUUUCUUUAGGAAGAAGAUGAUGGAGUGUGGUGUUCAGGGGGAUGAUUAUACUUUUGGGACUUUGAUGAAAGGACUAUGCUUGACUAAUCGUAUAGGAGACGGGUUCAAACUCUUACAGGUUAUGAAGACUAGAGGUUUGACCCCAAACACGGUGAUCUAUAACACAUUGCUUCACGCCCUUUGCAAGAAUGGGAAAGUUGGUAGAGCUAGGAGUUUGUUGAGUGAGAUAGUAGAACCUAAUCAUGUCACCUAUAAUCUAUUGAUAUCAGCAUAUUGUAAAGAAGAAAAUCUUGUUCAAGCACUGGUGCUUAUGGAGAAGAACUUUGCAUUAGGACAUGCUCCUGAUGUUGUGACGACAACCAAGGUGAUGGAAUUACUAUGCAAUGUUGGCCGUGUCAAUGAAGCUGCUGAGGUCUUGGAAAGAGUCGAAAGGAAUGAGGGUAUUGUUGAUGUUGUGGCUUAUAAUACUUUAAUUAAAGGAUUUUGUAGUCUGGGAAAGGCAAAAGUUGGAUUGCAUUUUAAGAAAGACAUGGAGAUUAAAGGUUUUCUCCCAAAUGUUGACACAUACAACAUUUUAAUUGCUGGCUUCUGUGAAAUCAAUAUGUCUUCUGUAGCCCUUGAUUUGUUCAAUGAGAUGAGAGUGGCUGCAAUAAGUUCUAAUUUUGUAACAUUUGACACCUUGAUUAGAGGGUUAUGUUCUAAAGGACACUUAGAAAGUGGAUUUAAGGUUUUGGAGCUCAUGGAAGAGUCAAAAAAUGGUAGUGGGGGUCGCAUUAGUCCUUACAACAGUGUCAUUUAUGGUUUAUACCGUGAAAAUUGCUGGAACGAAGCCCUUGAAUUUAUAAACAAGAUGGAAAAUUUGUUUCCAAGGGCAGUUGACAGGACCUUGAGGAUUAUAGGUUUAUGUGAAGAGGAUAACAUAGGAAAUGCAAAAGAAGUUUAUCACCAAAUGCUUCAUGAAGGUGGAAUUCCAAAUGCUCUUGUUUACUCUAGCUUAAUCCAGUGCUUCUGCAAACAUAAUCAUGUCCGAGAAGCAUUUCAGCUGAUGAAUGAGAUGUUUGGGCAUGGCUACCUUCCUGUUACAUCAACCUAUAAUGUUGUUGUCAGUGGAUUCUGCAGUCAAGGAAAAACUGCAAGUGCUCUAAAGCUUAUGGAGGAGAUGGAGGAGAGAGGCUGCUUGCUUGAUGAGGAAACUUACAACCCUUUGAUACUUGCGUACUGCUGUAAAGGUGAUUUGCAGAAAGCAUUAAAGAUUCUGCAUCAAAUGAUUGGCAAAGGUAUUAGAACUGAUUAUUCAACAUGGAAUACAAUGUUGUAUUACUGGCUAGACGUCAAUAAUGUCUCCUGUAAUAACCAAAUGCAGGGGAUUUUAGCAACUUGAAUUUUGGCUGUUGAUGUUACUUCUUUAGUAAUUUGGUUACCAACGCCGUGCCAUCUAGUAAAAGGCUAUUUGAACUUUAAGUGCUUAGAGAUGAAUGAGUUUAAACAAAUAGUCAAAGAUGAACAUUACUAUUGUUACUGUAUAAGGGAUUCUGCAUGUUUUCAAGUUCUCGAAAACUGGAAUGAUAUCGGUGAAAUAUCAAGAAACGGUGUUUAAACCCUGAGUUGACCAGAGGCAUUAACAGGAGCAACAUCACAAACAAGCUCAAAGAGGCUGAAGAUCAAAUAUGGACUUAAAUGAAGCUCGGUCUUAUUUAGACCUUCAUAACUUUAACAUGCAACAAGCUGGGCUUAAUUUCAGAUACUGGCGGCAAUGUUCCAAGUUAAAUGGGAUGGUUUCUCAAAAGCAAAAUCAAUGGAGCCAUUAGUCAAGCAUUGUAGAGGGAAACUUCAAGGCACCUCCAACUCAUCCAAAUUAACUCCAGCUUCAGAGAUGGAAGAGCUGCAGUAAGGCUUUGCCAAAUAUUUUAAGAAGCCUAGGGAAAGAUCUCUGGAGACAUUGGAAAACAAUGAGAAAUACGAAUGAGAUAGAGUCAGCUAUGUGUGGAGCAUACUGUGGAGAUCUGAGCCAUAGAUGAAAAGUCAGCUUUUAACCUUGAGUGCUUGGCGCUGUGGAGAUCCUGUUGGUCUUUUUACGCCUGUUUGAUGAAAAAUGUAUCGUCUUUGGUAAUUUAUUUAUAUUACUCAACACUCUCUUAACACUGAUUUUACCAGUCGUCAGAAAAAUUAAUCGUCACCCAUCUUUUUGUAAAAGUUGUAAAUAUAUGAUCAAUUGUUAUGAAAUGACCAUUUCUUGAAUGUUAUUUUA